GGAGAGGAUCUUUCAGGACAUUGCGGUUCCCGAGGUUCCUCCUCUGCGGAUGGUCACUGUCCCUCUGCCGGGCUUCCUGCUCGAGGAGUUUCCUUCCCCGCCAGGCUGGCCCAGAAGCCGGAUGGUCCCGGGACAGGCCCAGCCCCAGAGCCCAGAGAUGCUGCUGCUGCCCCUGCUGCUGCCUGUGCUGGGGGCGGGGUCCCUGAACAAGGAUCCCAGUUACAGUCUUCAAGUGCAGAGGCUGGUGACGGUGCAGGAGGGCCUGUGCAUCAUGGUGCCUUGCAACCUCUCCUACCCCCGGGAUGGCUGGAGUGAGUCUACUGCUGCUUAUGGCUACUGGUUCAAAGAAGGGACCAACACAAAUACGGGUGCUCCUGUGGCCACAAACAACCAGAGUCGAGAGGUGGAAAUGAGCGCCCGGGGCCGAUUCCAGCUCACUGGGGAUCCCGUUACGAUGGCCCAACCUGGGCAUGGAGCUGCCGGUGAAGGCCUGGAGGAUGUCAGACGCGACAUACACCACGUGCCCAUGAGGCGGAGAACAGGCUCGCUUUCCCAGACAAGCCGAGCCCUUAGGACCGUCUCUGAGCAGUAUCCUCCAGAGAACCUGAGAGUGAUGGUUUCCCAAGCAAACAGGACAGGAGCCCUGAGCUGCACGUCGAUUCUGCCCCUUCCUUCCCUAGUCCUGGAAAACCUCGGGAACAGCACGUCCCUCCCGGUCCUGGAGGGCCAAAGCCUGCGCCUGGUCUGUGUCACCCACAGCAGCCCCCCAGCCAGGCUGAGCUGGACCCAGGGGGGACAGACCGUGGGCCCCUCCCAGCCCUCAGACCCCGGGGUCCUGGAAUUGCCUCGGGUUCAAAUGGAGCAAGAAGGAGAGUUCACCUGCCACGCUCAGCACCCGCUGGGCUCCCAGCACGUCUCUGUUAGCCUCUCCGUGCACCACCCCCCACAGCUGUUGGGCCCCUCCUGCUCCUGGGAGGCUGAGGGUCUGCACUGCAGCUGCUCCUCCCAAGCCAGCCCGGCCCCCUCUCUGCGUUGGUGGCUUGGGGAGGAGCUGCUGGAGGGGAAGAGCAGCCAGGGCUCCUUCGAGGUCACCCCCAGCUCAGUCGGGCCCUGGGCCAACAGCUCCCUGAGCCUCCAUGGAGGGCUCAGCUCUGGCCUCGGGCUCAGCUGUGAGGCCUGGAACCUCCAUGGGGCCCGGAGUGGCUCGGUCUUCCAGCUGCCACCAGGGAAGCUGCAGCGUGGGGGAGGAGUUGGCCUGGGGGCUGCCCUGGGAGCUGGUGUCACUGCCCUGCUCGCUCUCUGUUCCUGCCUCGUCAUCUUCGGGGUGAAGACCUGCAGGAAGGAAGCUUGCAAGAGGGCAGCAGCGAAGCAGGACGUGCCCUCCACCCUGGGGCCCAUCUCCCAGGGUCAGCACCAUGAAUGCUCGGCAGGCACCUCCCAAGACCACCUGCCCCCAGGUGCAGCCACCCCCACCCCAGGGCAGGGGGAAGAGCAGGAGGUCUACUACGCCUCCCUCAGCUUCCAAGGGCUGAGGCUUCGGGAGCCUGAGGACCAGGAGGCCCCCAGCAGCACUGAGUACUCAGAGAUCAAGAUCCACGAGGGACGGCCCCCGAGGGGCCUGGGCUUUGGGCUUCAGUUGGAGAAGGAGACGUCAGGGAUGGUUCCAAAGUGAAGAGUUCUCCAUGGAAACAGGACACCAGCAAGUGCGUGGGAGUCGUGCUGGUGUGACGGCCAGAAUUGGACUCAGAUUUCAGCCCCAUCCCCAAUGAAGAGCUUGAGUUUGAAGAUUAGACUCUUUUUUUGAGACAGGGUCUCACUCUGUCCCCCAGGCUGGAGUGCAGUGGUGCAAUCUCAGCUCACUGUAGUCUC